AUGAGUACAAACGAAAGUGCUGAGGCCUGGCUCACAGCUACCAAAAAGGCCAAGGCAGCCUUUCCCGAGGCGGAUACAAACACAACCCCAACCGUAUACGAUCCCAGCCCGAUUCCCCGAGAGCCUAUUUCUGCGAGGGCCAAAGAGCGUUUGCGCCGUGAUGUCGAUACCUGGAGUGCAGAUGUCACUGACAGAUCCCAAAAGAUUGAGCAAUGCCCUGUGCCAAAAAAGGUACACGGUCCAUCUUCCUUGAUGCAGGAGGUAGUUCGAGACAUGCGCUCACCACUUUGCCCGCCACCCAACGGACUACUCUCGAAUCUGACAUCAAGCUCCUCGGGCGAGUCUACAGAAUCAUCGCACAGCUCAUCGAGUUACAACUUUUCUCAAUUUGAGACUUCAAGCGAAGUGCUCCAGACUAGGCAGAUGGAUAAGUGCUUUGCGGAUGCUAACUUUGAGGGCCAGAAAAUGUCUGCAGGAGAGGCCUUUCGGACCUGUCUUGCACAUCAGAAUGCGGGGUUGCAACGAGCCGAUAACUUGAUCCUGAGGCUCAGGUCUGAGCUUGGGAGUCAGUACACAGAGCGUGAACUAGCAGUGCAGGCGCAGAGGCAGAGACGGAAGAGGUUGGAGGAAUUCUUCGACGACAUCACCAUAUCAGCGAAAGAAAAUCCUGACCGUCUCGUGGACGAGAUCCAAGACUGGAGGAAAGCUAUGUAUGAGUACGAUGUGAUUGAGCGCGCGAAUGACCGGACUCAUGAGGUCGGAGCCCUGUUGAAUGAUGCGAGAGAUUGGAGGGGCUGA